AAACCGGAAGCGGCUCCUGCUGCGGCCCCUCCCUCUUCUUUUUCGUCUGAGGGAAGCUUCCGGUGGCGGCAGAAGCGGCGGAGGAGGUUGGUGGAGCGGGAUGUAGCGGCCGGAGCUGUCCGGCUGUGCAGAGCUGGAAUGGCAAGCUGGGUGGAGCUGUGAGCCGGUGGUCUGCAAGGGGCAUCCUCUUUCCUGACAACACAGAGCACGGCUGUCUGUGUGUCGGCAGGGCCUGCCUUCCGCCUGAGAGGUCUUACAGCCUUUUCCGGCCAAAUGUCGUCCCGCAAGGCGUCCGUGACCAGCCAAGGAAAUGGACCUUCAAGCAACGUCCGGGAGAGGGAAGAUGUGGAGCUGGCCGAACUUGGGCCGCUCCUGGAGGAGAAAGCGGAGCAGCCCACGACCAGUUCUGCCAAUGCCCAAGACCAGCCAUGCCCUGCGCCCCAGGAGGAAGAGGAAGAGGAAGUGCGGGUGCUGACCCUCCCCCUGCAGGCCCAUCACGCCAUGGAGAAGAUGGAAGAGUUCGUCUAUAAGGUGUGGGAAGGCCGCUGGAGGGUCAUCCCUUACGACGUGCUGCCCGACUGGCUGAAGGAUAACGACUACCUGCUCCACGGGCACCGGCCCCCCAUGCCCUCUUUCAGAGCCUGCUUCAAGAGCAUCUUCCGCAUUCACACCGAAACGGGCAACAUCUGGACACACUUGCUAGGCUUUGUGCUCUUCCUGGUGCUGGGGAUCCUGACCAUGCUGCGGCCCAACAUGUACUUCAUGGCCCCUUUGCAGGAAAAGGUGGUCUUUGGGAUGUUUUUCCUCGGAGCGGUGCUGUGCCUCAGCUUCUCCUGGCUUUUCCAUACGGUCUACUGUCACUCGGAAAAGGUCUCGCGGACAUUUUCCAAGUUGGAUUACUCUGGGAUUGCCCUGCUGAUCAUGGGGAGCUUCGUGCCCUGGCUGUACUAUUCCUUCUACUGCUCUCCACAGCCUCGACUCAUCUACCUCUCCAUCGUGUGUGUGCUGGGCAUCUCAGCAAUCAUUGUCGCUCAGUGGGACCGGUUUGCAACGCCAAAGCACAGGCAGACGAGGGCAGGGGUCUUCCUGGGCCUGGGCCUGAGUGGUGUGGUGCCGACCAUGCACUUCACCAUUGCAGAAGGUUUUGUCAAGGCCACCACCGUGGGCCAGAUGGGCUGGUUCUUCCUCAUGGCUGUGAUGUACAUCACAGGGGCUGGACUCUAUGCGGCCCGCAUCCCCGAGCGCUUCUUCCCCGGGAAGUUUGACAUCUGGUUCCAGUCGCACCAGAUCUUCCACGUCCUGGUGGUGGCGGCCGCCUUCGUCCACUUCUACGGCGUCUCCAACCUGCAGGAAUUCCGUUACGGACUCGAAGGAGGAUGUACCGACGACUCGCUCCUCUGAGGACCUCGAGAGGGCUUUGGCACAGGCUUCCCAAGUGCUUUUAGAGAGGGACUUCUUGACUCAAAGCAAAAAGAAGACUCUUUGACAUUAUUAUUUUUUUUAAAAAAAAGAGAGAGACUGCAAAGUGGGCCGCAGCUGUUGCCGUCCUGGGCUCCUCUUCUCUCAGGAGAAUGGGAUUUCAAAGGGGGGUGGGUGGGUUAGGGUCUCUCUCCAUGGGGGUCCCCUUUGGGCGAAGUGCCUCCAGCCACAGGCCCCUCUCUGGGCAAAGCAGACGGACUUUCCAGGAGUUAAAACCCUGGGACUUUUGGACACGAGAGACGCGUGGGCGGCCGGCAAAAUGCAAACACACACACACACAAGGAAAAGGGCCCGUUCCCUCUCCUUUCUUGCUGCAAACAUCCCUCAUGCUUGAAGAGACUCUCUCCCUGCGUCCGGUCAGGCCGGAGAGAGAACGCACAGGGGCCGUUUCACUGAAGUUUUGUCUUUCUCGACAAAAGCAAUGUAUUGCCUAGAUUACAGGCGUGGGCCAACUCCGGGUGUUUUGGACUCCAACUCCCACCAUUCCUAACAGCCUCAGGCCCUUUCCUUUUCCCCCGCAGCCGCUUAAGCGGCUGCGGGGGAAAAGGAAGGGGCCUGAGGCUGUUAGGAAUGGUGGGAGUUGGAGUCCUUGGAGAGCCGAAGUUGGCCCACGCCUGCCUAGAAAAACGAGAGUAUUUAAUAUUUAACAUUAAGCUUUAAAACAAAACAAAAAACAAGGCGCUAUUCCCUCCAGCAUCUUGCUUCUGGAGAGCUGCUGUUUGUGGUGUCGCAGGCGAGAGGUGUUGCUUAGAGGACUGUGGAGCUGUUGUCGCUUUUGUGUUAAGACCGCGGGAAAAUCAAGGUGUCGGGGAGUUUGGGAGACCCUCUGGGACCUGUCUCCAUCCUCCGGAAGGAUGCGUAGAAGUUCCUCCUUGAGCAAAGGCAUGGCACGUGACGACGGGCUUCUUACUGUUGUGUUGUGUUUUGGGGCAGGAGUUUGCCGCAAUUCCUUCUGGCAUCGUCCCUCUUUUCUUUUGGCCGAGAUUGUCGUUCCCGAGUCGCUUGCAGGGUUGAGCGCAUCGGGAGGAGAUGCGUCCGGACCAUCUGGCCUUGCUUUGCUUGCAAGGAAUUCUUGGUUUUGUCUUUUUUGGGGAAAGUGGUGCUGUUUUUCGCUCCUCUGUCGCUUCCGUCUGCCACGGCAUCGGUUUCCUUUUGCUUUGUUUAUUUCUCUCCUUAUUAAUGUAUGUCUGGUCUCUCUGUUUUUAAAUGUUUCGUUUCAGACAAAAGUGACUGUAGGAUUCCGGGGGCCGUUGUCCCAAAAAAGUACUGUUUCCGGGCUCUGCUUCGUCUCUUCCCCAAAGCAGUCGGCCGGAGCCUUUCUUCCUCUUCUGGGAUCAUGAGAAAGAGGCUAGCAGUUCCCAGGGUUUUCCCUCUGCUGUGGACUUCUAGGCUUAGCCAAAUAGGCCAGCUUGUUCCCUGUUUAUUGCCCUCUUUGCUAGUUCUUGAUGUUUGUUAUUGUUAGGCUUCUCACAGGACAAUCGCGGGACCUUCCCCAGAUUGAUGCACUCCAGGAACUGCAAAGCUUAGAAAAAGGCAGCUCUUCCUCUUAAGAAUUCUGCCGCGUUGUGGUUUAUUUACGUUUGUUCCCUGUGUUUCUAGAAUUGCAGUAAAUUUCAAAGCUCAGUCGAGUGUUUUGAAAUGCAGUUUGCUCACGAAAGAGCAGGCAAAGGGACCAAGAGGUGAAUUUGUGGCAAAUAGAUGUGUGAAUGGUGCAAAUGACGUUCAGGGUUUUAUACUCUUGGAGAGGACAUGCAUGUGGCAAAUGGAUGUGUGAAUGGUGCAAAUGACUUUCAGGGUUUUAUACUCUUGAAGAGGACAUGCAUGUGGCAAAUGGAUGUGUGAAUGGUGCAAAUGACUUUCAGGGUUUUUUACUCUUGAAGAGGACAUGCAUGUGGCAAAUGGAUGUGUGAAUGGUGCAAAUGACUUUCAGGGUUUUAUACUCUUGGAGAGGACAUGCAUGUGGCAAAUGGAUUUGUGAAUGGUGCAAAUGACUUUCAGGGUUUUUUACUCUUGAAGAGGACAUGCAUGUGGCAAAUGGAUGUGUGAAUGGUGCAAAUGACUUUCAGGGUUUUAUACUCUUGGAGAGGACAUGCAUGUGGCAAAUGGAUGUGUGAAUGGUGCAAAUGACUUUCAGGGUUUUUUACUCUUGAAGAGGACAUGCAUGUGGCAAAUGGAUGUGUGAAUGGUGCAAAUGACUUUCAGGGUUUUUUACUCUUGGAGAGGACAUGCAUGUGGCAAAUGGAUGUGUGAAUGGUGCAAAUGACUUUCAGGGUUUUUUACUCUUGAAGAGGACAUGCAUGUGGCAAAUGGAUGUGUAAAUGGUGCAAAUGACUUUCAGGGUUUUUUACUCUUGAAGAGGACAUGCAUGUGGCAAAUGGAUGUGUGAAUGGUGCAAAUGACUUUCAGGGUUUUUUACUCUUGAAGAGGACAUGCAUGUGGCAAAUGGAUGUGUAAAUGGUGCAAAUGACUUUCAGGGUUUUUUACUCUUGAAGAGGACAUGCAUGUGGCAAAUGGAUGUGUGAAUGGUGCAAAUGACUUUCAGGGUUUUUUACUCUUGAAGAGGACAUGCAUGUGGCAAAUGGAUGUGUAAAUGGUGCAAAUGACUUUCAGGGUUUUUUACUCUUGAAGAGGACAUGCAUGUGGCAAAUGGAUGUGUGAAUGGUGCAAAUGACUUUAAGGCUUUUAUACUCUUGAAGAGGACAUGCAUGUGGCAAAUGGAUGUGUGAAUGGUGCAAAUGACUUUCAGGGUUUUAUACUCUUGAAGAGGACAUGCAUGUGACAAAUGGAUGUGUGAAUGGUGCAAAUGACUUUCAGGGUUUUAUACUCUUGAAGAGGACAUGCAUGUGGUAAAUGGAUGUGUGAAUGGUGCAAAUGACUUUCAGGGUUUUAUACUCUUGGAGAGGACAUGCAUGUGGCAAAUGGAUGUGUGAAUGGUGCAAAUGACUUUCAGGGUUUUAUACUCUUGGAGAGAACAUGCAUGUGGCAAAUGGAUUUGUGAAUGGUGCAAAUGACUUUCAGGGUUUUAUACUCUUGGAGAGGACAUGCAUGUGGCAAAUGGAUGUGUGAAUGGUGCAAAUGACUUUCAGGGUUUUAUACUCUUGGAGAGGACAUGCAUGUGGCAAAUGGAUUUGUGAAUGGUGCAAAUGACUUUCAGGGUUUUUUACUCUUGGAGAGGACAUGCAUGUGGCAAAUGGAUUUGUGAAUGGUGCAAACGACUUUCAGGGUUUUAUACUCUUGGAGAGGACAUGCAUGUGGCAAAUGGAUGUGUGAAUGGUGCAAAUGACUUUCAGGGUUUUAUACUCUUGGAGAGGACAUGCAUGUGGCAAAUGGAUGUGUGAAUGGUGCAAAUGACUUUCAGGGUUUUAUACCCUGUAGUGCUAGAACUUUGUGGCCAUGGAUCCCACUCUUCAUUUCGAUAUGCUCCUUCCUUAUGAGCAAGUGCUUCUGCUUCUUUGCUAGUCUCUCCUGGCAAGACUCUCACAGUGUUAUACUGGUGGAUAAGGAAUAGAAUUAUCCCUCCGCUGCUGUUGUUCCUUUUUUUCCCCUGGCUUUUUCUAUUCUGCGUUUUCAGUUUGGCCAACAUGAGACUGGCUUGAGCAUCCCCUUCAGUGGCAUUAAUUAGACCUCACUGCUUUUGUAUUCUACGUGAUGUACUAUCUUCAUUAUAUGAGUCUGCACCAGGUCUGAGCCAACUUGGGAUCUCCAAGUGUUUUGGACUUCAACUCCCACCAUUCCUGACAGCCUCAGGCCCCUUCCUUUUCCCCCUCCGCCGCUUAAGCGGAUCCCAAGCUGGCUCAGACCUGUCCUAAAGGGUUGCAUCCCUCCACGUGUUUCACUGCUGUAAGCCCCUCUCCCCGGGGUCCUGGCCUCGCAAGGAAGCAGAAUGCGAUGCCGUGAUUAACCUCAAGUGUAACAGAACAUAUCAAUUCAUUUAGGGUGCCUGUGAGCACCCUAAAUGGGGUCUGAUGGAACUUGUUUUGCAGGACAGAAGGUGUGAGUUGGUGUCUGGCUGCAGGUCCUUCCCAAAAGUUGGUGUCUGGCUGCAGGUCCUUCCCAAAAGUUGGUGUCUUGGCUGCAGGUCCUUCCCAAAAGUUGGUGUCUUGGCUGCAGGUCCUUCCCAAAAGUUGGUGUCUUGGCUGCAGGUCCUUCCCAAAAGUUGGUGUCUGGCUGCAGGUCCUUCCCAAAAGUUGGUGUCUGGCUGCAGGUCCUUCCCAAAAGUUGGUGUCUGGCUGCAGGUCCUUCCCAAAAGUUGGUGUCUUGGCUGCAGGUCCUUCCCAAAAGUUGGUGUCUUGGCUGCAGGUCCUUCCCAAAAGUUGGUGUCUUGGCUGCAGGUCCUUCCCAAAAGUUGGUGUCUGGCUGCAGGUCCUUCCCAAAAGUUGGUGUCUGGCUGCAGGUCCUUCCCAAAAGUUGGUGUCUGGCUGCAGGUCCUUCCCAAAAGUUGGUGUCUGGCUGCAGGUCCUUCCCAAUAGUUGGUGUCUGACUGCAGGUCCUUCCCAAAAGUUGGUGUUUGGCUGCAGGGCCUUCCCUUGAAAUGGGCUUCCCCUGAUAUGGAUGGGGAUGUUGUAAAGGAUGGACUAGUUUGUGAGUCUGAAAUAAUCAACGAGGAAGGACAUUACUGUGUUUCUUCAAUUCUGAGAUGCCGUUUAUUUUCAGACACACCCUAAUUUCAGUACCAACAGAAAAAUUAGUUAUUCCAAGACACAAAUAAAAAUAAUAAUACUUUAUUUUUCUAUCCUGCCACCAUCUCCUCGAAGGACUUGGGGAGGCUAACAUUGGGCCAAGCCCAAAAACAGAAACAAAAUAUAACAAGUUAAAACCAGUAUCAAUAACUAAAAACAGUGUCAGCACAACAAUCAAAUAAAAUAAACAAAAACGUAGCAUACAAUAUAAUAUAAUAUAACAGACUCUUUCUAGAGAUGUGUUUUCGAAGGCUUUCAUGGCAGGAAUCACUGGGUUGCUGUGAGUCUUCCAGGCUGUAUGGCCAUGUUCCAGAAGCACUCUCUCCUGACGUUUUGCCCACAUCUGUGGCAGGCAUCCUCAGAGCUUGUGAGGUCUUGCCUAGUUUCCAACAGACCUCACAACCUCUGCCAUAGAUGUGGGCGAAACAUCAGGAAAAAAUGCUUCUGGAACAUGGAAAACUCACAGCAACCCACUGUUUCUAGAGAUGUUUAUAUGGAGGGAAAUGUGCAUCUUAGAAUUGAAGAAAUAAUGGAGUAAAUGCCUCACAUUAAAUGGAAUAUUUUGCAAAGAAAGGUGCGAUAGGCAGGACAGGUGACAGUGGUUUUGGGUACAGAUGGGUUUUGGAUUGUGUGUCUGCCUCUUUGUGUGUUGUGAUCACAAGGGUGAGACAACAGUGGCGGCUUCCAUUCAGAUCCAGUCUGAAAUGGGAGUGUACUGGCAUCUAACUGGGGUUUGUUUUUAAAACACAAGGAGAAAGAUGCUUUUGCAGCAAGGUCUAAAGACAAGAUUUCUAUGUUUAUAUUUCUAUGCUUGUUUGGAUGGGAAUGUAUGGUGCAGAGACAGAAUGGAGCCUGUCUUUUAUUUGUCAGCAAAUGAAGGGGUUUGUAAGUGUCGCUUACAAACUUUUUUCAAAAGUAGGACUGGGUCGGUGCAUUUAGGACGAGGAAAUGCAUAACAAUCGGCGUUGUAUCAGUAGGACACUAACGAGGGCGUUUCAAGUACGAAACCGAUAGUCGGAAAGCAAACAAACUAUUAAUGACAUAGAUCUAUUAUUACAGAGGCAAUUAUAGUCAGAUUAACGCUCUAGAUCUAUUACGUACGUAGCGGUGUACAUGUUCAAACAAGAAAGCAGAUGUAUUUGGAUAUAUGUGUGCUUCUUCCAGGGCGGAGAAGAACCUUGUUGUGUUCCUAACUAUGGACUUUUUGUUCAGUUUGUAAACUAGGGAAGAUUUUAAGAUGUUUAUCAGCAAUAAACAUUUUUAAAUUAGUAGACCUCGA